AUGGCCCGUUCUUUGAGAAACAGUCAGGCUCUUGCCGCUAAAUCUAUCAAGCGUGGUGCUUUUUUCACCGAUGUUGUCAAGGCCAGAGAAGAGAGAUUGGCCAAGAAGUUGGCAAGUGACUUGAAGAAGCAAAAGGUCAAGGAAAGUUUGAAGAAAUCUGAAGGUGGUGAAGAAACUGAAGCCCAAUCUAUGGAAAUUGAUGGUGAAGCCCAACCUAAAGACCUUAAGAAGGUGAACACUAGUGGCUGGAGGCCAAGUAGACAUGUCACUUACAAGAAAAAUAAGAUCAAGAAGAAUAAGAGAAGAAAGGCUUUGGUUUUCAAGAAAUAA